AUGUGCACCGCAAAUGCGCCAUCUUGUAAAAGAUUGACGUAUUUUGUGUGUGUGUGCGCUCUCCACGUGCAUUUCAAAAUAUUUAGUUUCGUUUUUGUGUUUUUGUGUUUUUCUAGGUUUUUGUUGUUUUCACAGGGAAUUCUCGGAAUUCUCUGUGUUAAUUAAUUAACUCAUCACUUAUUAUUAUUGAUACACUUCCUCGUGAAGUUGUAUUUGUAUUUUCAUUGUUUAUUUUGGUCAAAAACAUAAAGUUUGGCCUAAAAUCCGUGUUUUUGUUGUUUUGCCUUGCUAGUGGUUUAAAUCCACUGCCAUCUUUUGAAGUCAACCUCCUUGCAAUAUCAAGCAAAGGAGAACCGGGAGGUGCAACUUGGGGGCCGAACCAACCACAACCCCAAAUUCAUUCAACUUCGUGUAUUCGUCGAUUUUUUUGAUUUUUGAACACGUUCCUAGUGAUCCUUUCCUAGUUUCAGGACUGGAGUUAAGGAAUUGUUCGAUUGUCAAAAGGAUAUUGGAUAUUUUGGACUAGUGGAGAAUUCGACAUCGAAAAUGGCUGCGGCAAGCGAAAAUAUGCAGAAUAUCGGAUCAGUGAGCAGUGGAUUGGAGGAUUCAACGGGACAUGAGGAGGAUAUUGGUAUGAUGUUUGAUGAGAAAGCAGCGGAUUGGAUUAUGAUUGCACAAGAAGCUCGAGAAGAUGCGAAGAAAUGGAAAUUGAGUGAAAGACAAGCGGAUGUCGUAUUGAAUCCGUUGAUGAAGAAAGUCGAACAACGAGUAGAGGAUUUGCGCGGGAUGGUCAAGGAAAAGUGGGCGCAAAUGCCAAAUCGGGAUGAAAUGAGAUGUUUGCGAUAUUUGAGAAGAGGAAACAAGACCAAUGUGAAGAAAUUGGCACAAUUGAUGGAGAAAGGAACCGAGUUGGUUAUUUGGGAAAGAGAAAAUGGUGAGAAACUUGAAAACAUUGAGAAAAAUGUCAAAGAAGAAAGACAAAAGUUUAUUUUGCAGGUUGAAGAAUUGAAUGGAAAGUUGAAGAAUAAUGAGGAAGAGAUUUGGAAGAAAAACGAAAAAUUGAAGAGAUAUGAGCAGAAAUUCGAAGAGAUGAUGGUAUUGAUGGAACAAAAAGAUGAAUUGAUGAUGAAACUGAAAAUGGAGAAUGAGGAAAAGAGAAAAAGAGAAUUGUCACCAACGCCGAGUGUGCGAAUGAUGAAUUUGGAUAUUGUUGAUGAUGGAAAUGAAAUGGAUGAGACAAUGAAAAAAGUUGAGGAUAUAUUGAAGAUGGGAACUGUGAGAGAAACGAAGAGUAUGGAAAUUUGUAAGUCAGAAAGUUUGGGAAGUUCGCGCAGCGAUAAUACUGAAAAAGUCAAAGAGAAAAGAGUUGAAAAAUGGGUGAAAGAGCAAAAAGCGGGAAAUAUUGAGAAUUUGAGAGAUGAAAAAGCGGAAAUUGUUGAAAAAGAGGGUAGUCGGGGCAAAAAAUCGGGAAAAUCGAGCAGUUCAGGUUCAAGACAAAGUGUUCGAGAAGAACUUAUGAACGUGGCAAGAUUUAUGAAGAUCUCGACGAUGCCAGAUCCUGAAAUUUAUUAUGGAAAACCGCAAGAAAAUUUGGAUGAUUUCUUGAGUUUGUUUGAGAUGAAAUAUAAGCAGAAUAUGGAAAGUUCAAUGGAAAUGGCAGCUGUUAUGAAGGCAAAAUUUUUGCGUGGAGAAGCUAAAAAGUUAUUUGAGACGAUUGAAUUGAAAGAAGAAAUGACAUGGAAAGAAAUUGUUGAAAAAUUCAAGAAAGCGAUGAAUGCAUCAAGAACAAGUCAAAGAGGAAGAGCAGUCGAAAAAUGGCAAGAUUUGAGAAUUCGUCAAGAUCAGUCGCUCCAAGGUUAUCUUAUCGUUGUUGAUUCGCUUGCGAAAGAAGCAUUUUCUUCGUCGAGAGAGGAAGUUGAUAUUUUCAAAACGGCGAAGUUAUUGCAAGCUGCGAAGCGAAAUCCGACUUUAUUGGGACUUUUGGCGGUGAAAAAGAACGAUGAGAAGGACGGAUUCCAGUAUGAAAAGUUGAAAGCUGCGGCUUUGCAAUUUGAAUUUGAUUUGGAGAGAAACAAGUACAAGGAUGAAAAGAAGAAAUCGGAAGAGAAAAAAAGAUGGAAAAUCAGCAUCAGAAAAUGGAAGAGAUUUGAGAAAAUGUUUUAUAUGUGGUGAAGAAGGACACAUUGCUGUUAAAUGUUCGGGAACCAAGAAGGUUAACACCAUAAGAGGAAGAAAAUGGGAAGAUAUGAAGGAAAAUGUGAAGAUAUUUGGAAAAUAUGCGACAAUUUUGAUUGAUAGUGGAGCAAUGGUUAAUGUGAUUUCAACGGGAAAAUUGGAAAAAUUGAAGAGAAAUGUUGAAAAUUGGAAGAAAUUCAUUUUGGAAGAAGAAAAUGCGAAAAGUUCAAUAUAUGAUUGCAGUGGAAAGAGAUUGAAUGUUAUUGGAGUUUGGAGCAUUGAGAUUGAGAUCAGAAAUAUGAAGAAAGUUGUGAAAUUCCAUAUUAUUCAAAGUUGGGAAGAUAUGUUGAUUCUUGGAUUGGAAAGUUUUGGAACAUUUGGAAUUUAUUUGAGAUUUGAUAGUGAAAAGAAAAUGGGAGAAAAUGAGAAAAAUGCUGGAAAAUUGGGAAAUUUGGAUAAAAAGUGUGAAACAGGCGCAGCGAAAGAUUUGAAAGAAAAGGGAAAAUUGGGAAAUUAUGUGAAAUCAGAUUAUUUUUCCAGAAAUGGUUCGUCGAACGUUGAAGAAGAUCGAGUCGAAAAAUCUGAAAAUGAAAAGAGAAAAGUUAGAAAAGUUGAAGAAGGUGAAAUGGCAAAUGUUGAAGAUGAGGAUCGAAAUGGAAAAUUGGAAAACGAUGAAGUUUGGAUGGGAAAUGUCCUUUGUGACACUUUGUUUGAAGUUGAGACGGAGAAGAAGAAAGUAGAAGAGCGAAAAGUGAAUGAAAAUGGAAAAGCAAAAGUUCAAAAUGGUUAUGAAGAUCGAAAAUUGGGAAAAGAAGAAAUUAGUGUUGGAAUGAUACUUCGUAGAAAUUUCGCUGAAAUUCGAAGAAUUGAAAUGGAGAAAGAAGAUGAUCGAGUUGGAAGAAGCCAAAACUGGAAAGGGACAAAGAAAGAUGAAGAAGAAUUGCAAUAUGGUGUAUGUCAAAAGUGUAGAUUAUGA